CAGAGCGACGCAGAGCAGCGGGUUCCUCUGCGGCCAGUAGCGUCUACGUGGCUUUACGCGUCUACGUGGCUUUACGCGUCGACUCCACAUUCCUCCAGGCGCAGCAACAACAGGGACACGGAUCCUAACCGAUGUCUUCUUGUCUUCUUCGUUCUACCAUGAUAUUAACUUGGACUGCACAAUGUAACGGUAUCGACAGGUCUAUUAUGCAUGUUUAAAUUUAGUCUGAACUUUUACGGCGUCUAUCGAUUGUUUCGUCUGAAGUAUCUGAAGAAGCAGCGAGUCCGUUUCUGCCCUAAGAUGUCGAAUGAAGUGAAGCUACGGAAGAAAAGCCACUCAGCAAAGAGCAGCAAUUUGUCGGAGUCACCGAAAGCGAAUGGUGAAGAGAAGGAGAGAAGGUCUGGAGGCCGGCUGGAGGCAGAGGAGGUAGGGAAGGAGAGAAGUUCUGGAGUCCGGCUGGCGGAACCUUCUGGCUCCUCGCUGCUCGACCUUAGAACGUGUCUGUGUGUCCUGACGCUGGCAGUGUGCGGAGCUCUGGCAUGGGUUGUACUGCAACAGAACGAACGGUUCUCUGACCUGGAGAAUAAAUACACACUUCUGCACCAGAGGACAACGGGGCUGCUGACUUUGGAAGAGGAGGUCCUCAGAGUGUCUGAGAAGUGCCAGGGGGUCCAGGAGGCGUUGGCGGGUCCGGGGUCCGGCUCCCUGGGGCCCCAGCUGGAGGCCCUGCAGCGGGAGGCGGGACAGCUGGGCUCCUGGGCGGGGGGGCGGAGCCAGCAGCUCCAGAGCAGCGUGGCGGCGGUGACGGGGGCGGUGGAGCGCAUCGAGGAGCGCACCGGCGCCGUCACCACCGAGGUCAACAACAAGGUGGCGUCGGUGAAGACGGACGUGCGGCGCAUGGAGGGUCUGCGGUCGGAGCUGGAGGCCCUGCUGGCCCAGCUGGGGGCCCUGGAGGAGCAGGCCCUGCAGGCGGAGCGCACCAUGGUCACGCGCAUCGCCGACCUGCUGAGCGCCAGCAUCGACCGCGUGUCCGCCCUGCGCGCCGUCGCCGAGGACAACGCCCGCGCCGUGGGCGAGCUGCAGCGCCGCCUCCCCGCCAUCGCCGCCGCCGACGGGCGCACGGCGGAGCGGCUCCGGGAGCUGGAGGCCGGCCGGGCGCGCCUCGUCCGCACCGUCACCUUCGCCGGCGACCUCAAGCCCAAGGUGGCCGGCAUCCAGCGGGACUUUGCCGCCUUCGAGCCCCGGCUGUCCGACCUCACACUGCGCAUCGGACAGCUGGCCGAAGACCUGGCCAAGAGAGAGCGGGAGGUGGAGGAGCUCAGGGGGGCGCUGACCCCCCUGAGCCUCUGCCAGCAGGGGGAGGAGCUGGCCUCCCUGACCCCCGGCCAGCAGGGGGCGCUGGACUCAGAGGAUGUCCCUGAUGGUGAGGAUAUCGGCCUGCGUUUACAGGGUCUGUUGAACCACGCUCUGCUCCAGACCGAGCUGGGCGACCAGGGUGAACAGAGUGAACUGUGAGCAGAGUGAACCUCUUGGCUUUGUUCUUUAAGGUCUUGUUAGUUUUUGUUUUUUGAUGAAGCCAUGUAUCGUGUUUUGAGAUUGCGUCCAUCACCAACUGAAAGUAAAAUAAUGUAAUCAUAUAAUGUAGACAUUUGGAGAACUCUGCAGCGGGAACAAGAAUGCUACAUUCCUACAGUUUGCCACGAACUGGAAAACUACAGUUUUCCAGUUGGUGGUUUCUGGAGGAUCUGAAAUGGCUGCCGUUCUACCACCAGCUGUUUAUUACCCAUGAGACAGAGUCUACCCUUGAGUGACACCCAGACCGGAGCACCCCCCCCAGACGCAAGGGGUGCUGGUGCUGAGGGGGGGGGGGGGGGGGGGGGGGAUGUGUCUGGACACCCCCAACUUGGGAGGUCACUGAAUGGGCGAUUCUGAAACUGAUGGUAAUGGCUUAUCUACUGCUCCCCAGUGGUGGAGAAGAAGACCUUGAUUUGUGUAUCAAACUCUGAACGUGUUGAGGGGUGGGAAGAUGUCUUGUGAGUGACUGAGGGCCUGAUGUUCCGUCCCUCACUAUACACCCCCAAGACCACAGCUCAUACUUCAUCAUGAACUGCCUGCUGAACACCUGAAGUUUCAAUACCAGCGAUGACCAACAGUUCUGUAAUGUCUCUUCAUCUGUCAAUCAAUGUACUUUUUUAUAUUAAGGAUUAAAUUAUUCUGAAAGGGGUGAUAUCA